GCGCCCAAGCUGCCCUGCGCUCCCUUUCCGCGCAUGCGCCCCGCAGCCCGGGCUGUCGCUCCCUGGCUGGCGGCUGCGGCGAGUCCCCGCCAUGGAGUCUUACGAUGUGAUCGCGAACCAGCCCGUGGUGAUAGAUAACGGCUCGGGUGUGAUCAAAGCAGGUUUUGCAGGUGACCAGAUACCGAAGUACUGUUUUCCAAACUACGUGGGCAGACCAAAGCACGUUCGUGUCAUGGCUGGUGCUUUAGAAGGGGACAUUUUCAUUGGGCCAAAGGCAGAGGAGCACAGAGGUCUGCUCUCGAUCAGAUAUCCCAUGGAACAUGGCAUAGUGAAGGACUGGAAUGACAUGGAGCGCAUCUGGCAGUAUGUGUAUUCAAAAGACCAGCUUCAGACUUUCUCAGAAGAGCAUCCUGUGCUCCUGACGGAGGCUCCCCUGAACCCACGUAAGAACCGAGAGCGAGCUGCUGAGGUUUUCUUUGAGACCUUCAAUGUGCCAGCACUUUUUAUCUCCAUGCAAGCGGUACUCAGCCUUUACGCUACAGGGAGAACCACAGGGGUGGUGCUGGACUCCGGGGACGGCGUUACCCAUGCGGUUCCUAUUUACGAAGGGUUUGCCAUGCCUCACUCCAUUAUGCGGAUCGAUAUCGCUGGCCGCGAUGUAUCCCGCUUCCUUCGCCUCUAUCUCCGGAAAGAAGGCUAUGACUUCCACACGUCAUCAGAGUUCGAGAUCGUCAAAACCAUCAAAGAGCGUGCCUGUUACCUGUCAAUAAACCCACAGAAGGACGAGACGUUAGAAACCGAGAAAGCCCAGUACUACCUGCCAGAUGGAAGCACUAUUGAGAUCGGCCCUGCCCGUUUCCGAGCCCCCGAGUUACUGUUCCGGCCUGACCUGAUUGGAGAAGAGUGCGAGGGGCUGCACGAGGUGUUGGUGUUCGCUGUUCAGAAAUCUGACAUGGACCUGAGGCGAACGCUCUUCUCCAACAUUGUGCUCUCCGGGGGCUCCACGCUCUUCAAAGGCUUUGGAGAUAGGCUCUUGAGCGAAGUGAAGAAACUAGCACCCAAGGACGUCAAAAUAAGGAUAUCUGCUCCUCAGGAGAGAUUAUAUUCCACGUGGAUCGGGGGCUCUAUUCUGGCCUCGUUGGACACUUUUAAGAAAAUGUGGGUUUCAAAGAAGGAGUACGAAGAAGAUGGAGCCCGUGCCAUCCACCGAAAAACCUUCUAGCCUGGGACCCGUCCGAAACUCGCUUUUCUGAGUCCGAGUGUCUGUGAGGAGCUGUGUGUGUGUGCGCGUGUGCAAACAUGGCCCUGGAAUGUCACGGAGCAAAGAGGAGGAGAAGGAUUAGAUCGCUACUUUUUUUUUUUUUUUUAAACUGUAGGAGGAAAAAUAACCAGGCCCCAUUUCUCCGGUAUGACCCAUUCCCCUUUGACCUUCACUCCUCUUGUGGCCACCUCUCACGCUUAGAAAUGGAACAGCUGGACAGAAGGGAUCUGACCACUGCAAGUCACCUAGUCAGGUUGUAGUCACGUAGCCUAAGACUCCAAACCCUGGCGUGUCCUUACCCUACGGCACUCCACAGCACUGGCUGCUUAGCUCUUCGUGGGUGCUCAGCAGCGAGUGUCUCUCACGGGCCAGUUUUGUUUUUUUUUAAUUUUAUUUUUUUUAUACAGAAAAAACACAUUGGGAGCAGUUACAACCCCCUCCCCUUUUUUUUGGUUUUGUUUUUGGUGUGUCUGCGUGUGUGUGUGUAUGUAAACUCUUAGCCUGCUCCAUGGGUAUGGACCACAGCUGGAGCAACUGCUGAUAGGACUUAGUUUGUGUUGCAUGGUGUAGGUCACAACCACCCCUCCUCUGCUCUGAUUGUACUAGACGGUUAUGAUCUUAGUCUCUUGUUCAUGGACGUUCCUUCUCCUUGUGAGGCAGGUGCCCAGGAUGGGUACAAAGGCACUAGGGUGUUUGCUUUGAGAGGUUUACAGGGCCGUGUCCUCUCUCUGUAAGAGAGGAAGCUGCAUUUUUUCCCCCUUUCUCCCACAGCAGGGUCAAGGAACCAUCCAUUUUCAGCCAGACAAAACCUCUUCCAUUUGAUCCGUCCUUGGGCAAAAAAGCACAUUGUAACUUUUGAAUUAUUUUAUUUAUUGAAAUGUUUAAUAUCUACGUUACUAACAGAGCUGCUGUUUCCAGGGGCAGCGGCUGCCCCUCUGGGUGAGUCUGCUGCUCUCCUUCCAAGACCCUUCAACUGAAUUUUCCAUUGUUUAAUGCUAACACUAAUGUUUACAGCACACAUGCCUAGCAUCGUAGCCAGCUAGUCAACCCCACAAUGCUUCUUGGUUACCGCUAGAGAGUCAGCGUUCUCUAGGAACGCAGCACGUGAGAGGACAAUGAACCGGGUGGUACGUUGGCAUCAUCAUCAGGUGCCUGAGCACUGGCUCUUCAUGCCUCUGUAGUGUUACGCGCGGCUAACCCUUCCGGCAUGACACCGCGACAGCGUAUGGAAGGCCACGUACCUGCUCUGGGUGGGUGUGUUCUGUUCUGAGGGAGCAGCUGGUGCUUUUUACUUCUCAGUGUUUUGUUUUUUAAAUGAGGUUGCUGCUGAGAACCAAAUAUUUUGCCUGGUUUAGCCACUUAAGUAUUAGAGGAGAACUCAAGGGAGUUGUGGAGUCAGGGUAGUAGCCUUAUCUCUACAUAGAGCCAAGUCUGGGUCUUUGAAAAGAACACGCUUGUGGUAGGAGGAGGGGAAGGUAUUUUAAGUAGGAAAGAAGCAUCCUCGAGAAACCCAGAGCUUUUCCUACCUCCUCACGGAUUUGCACCUCUAGGGACAUGGAGGGGGAGAGGAACCAUCCAAAACUUUUUUUUUUUAAAGCACCUGUUUUUAUUUUAGAUACUACAUAGAUAGUUGGAGAUUCAAUCCCUGGAUUUAGAAUAUGCAGUUAGCUUUAUGUCUACUAUAAAAGCCAGCUGCCUCCAUCAGACAUGCAACGAUGCAAAUGCAGACUUUGGGCUUAUCAUUAAAGGGAAAAAAGUGUUAAUGCCUGCUCCUUUAGAAGACCGUCUGGCUAGUGCGUUUUGUUUUUUAAGUAACAUGCCUGUGGUAAAUCCCUGCUUUGUGUCUUGAAACGGAAGCUGUAAACACCAGUAAUUCCUACACGUGCUGUUGCAUCCUUUGCUUCACAAGCUCCCCUUCCCCUCUUAACACCAUGCCUGCAGCGGUGGUACUGACAGGCUCCAGGACAACUUCUGGCUGGUAGGGCCUGUGCCGAACAGAAUCUGGUCGCCCCAGCUCUGCAGGGGAGCGACACAGUGUGGUGGGAGGGAUAGAAUUUUCUUCUUAGCCUGCCGAGGAAUAAAUUCCAGGAGGAGGCUGCUCCCGGCUCAAUCCCGGUGCCUCUCCUACUGCUUUUGUCAGGGCAGUGUCUGUUUACGCUAGCAAGAACGUGAGUGGGAGUCAGUCUCACCUUCCACCCCCCCAAGAAGAGUGAGGCUGGCAGUACCAUGCUGUUGGAAGCUGCUGCAAUCGCACCCAGUUGUAUUUAUGUAUUCAAGUGUCUUAAAAUCCAGUUAGGGCAAAACACCCCUUUAGGAACAAAGAAGAUAGAGAGGGAGGGGUGCAAGAUAGGACCUUUCCGGGGCAGUAGCUCCUGCUACACCAAUUUCAUUUGUUAUACUGCACCAAAACCAGUGCGGCCUCCAGCCAGAGGGGGGCUAGUGCCAUUCGUAUAGAGGGGCAGCACCUUUUGAAAAUGCACAGAGGCCCAGUAUGCCUGAGCCAGACCUUAAUGCAGCUGGGGUGUUGAAUAAGGUAAGAUCAGGGCCCUCCUGUCUCAACACUGGUGUAAACUGAUAAAGCCUCGCUAGGCAGCCUGACACGGCCUCAUUAACGCCAUUGAGCAUUUUGGAGGGAGACUUUGGUGACAUUAAGGGCUAGUCUACCCGGGCAAGGCUAAAGCGUUGCUGUGGCAGCAUUUUAACGUGCCUUGCGUAGUUGCCGCAGAGCGCUGGGAGAGGCCUUAAGACCCACCUCCACGAGAGGUGUUGCUCCCAGCGCUGGGGCACGGUCUACCCUGGUGCUUUCCAGCACCCAACUUGCUGCGCUGGGGGGUGCUUUUUCCCAGCAGAAAGUUGCAGGGCUGGUAAUGGCCAGUGUAGACAAGCCCUAGAGGCUGGCAGCAGUCAGAGAAUUUUCUACGGAAAGUCUCCCUCGAGGUCAGGCGCUUUAGGAGUAGCGGGGGGACAGUAGGCAGUAGCCUAUAAAAUGUUGUCAGCAGCAGCCAUGUAGGCUGCAGCUACGCUGUAGUUUGUUAUAAAAGCACCGAAGCCUAAAGCAGACAGCACAGGAGAGAGAGCUCUGCAAGGAGGGCCGAUUCUCCUAGGCCAGCUGAUAAAGUCCAUCCCCUGCACCAAGGUAAAAGUGACCGAGGAUAGAAUUGCAGUGCCCGCUAGCACCAAGUCUCUUUUUGCAGCCUUGUAAGUCAGUUGCUUAUUGAUUCCCUUUCUGUAUCCCAUCUGUGCACUCCACUCUGUAGCCUGCCUGCACCAGGUAGAUAAAAGUUUGUUCUUAAUUCA